AUGGAGUCUAUUUGUCCUUACUUGUCACAGAGGGCUGCGGCGGAUCCGGAUACCGCGCCUGCUGAAGGAGAGGCAAGGGGUGCUGCUGACGAGAGCGAUGCGUUUGCGCCGGCUGUUGAUACCUUCUCCACUUCCACCGAGUACGUUCUCCACGUCGCGCUACCCGGCGCUCGCAAGGAAGACGUCAGCGUGAACUGGGAUGCCGAGAAGGGCGAGCUCAAUAUCGCUGGUGUUGUGUACCGCGCGGGCGAUGAGGAGUUCAUCGCUAGUUUGAAGACUGGGGGGUUGCCGCUUGAGGGGGAUGAGAAGGUGGAGGUUGAUGGGGAGGAGAUUAGUGCGAAGUUGGAGGAUGGGGUGUUGGUUGUUAGGGUGGGGAAGGUGGUUAGAGAGGAGGCUUGGACGGAUUUGAAGAGGGUUGAGGUUUUGUAG